AUGUGGCAGAAGUCACACGUGCCGUACCGUGACAGCAAGCUGACACGUAUUCUACAGGAGAGUCUGGGAGGCAAUGCACGCACCACCAUCGUCAUCUGCUGCUCGCCCGCCGCCUACAACGACUCUGAGUCCAAGUCAACACUCAUGUUCGGACAGAGGGCGAAAACCAUCAAGAACUGUGUGACGGUGAAUGAGGAGCUGACGGCGGAGGAGUGGAAGCGGCGCUACGAGCGCGAACGCGACAAGGUGCUGCGCCUACGCGUGCAGCUCGCACGCGCCGAGGCAGAGCUUGCCAGAUGGCGUGACGGUGAGAGCGUGCCGUCGGGCGAGCAGGCUAACCUGAAGGACACAAGUGAGCUUCCUGUGGCAACGGAGAGCAGCGACGCCAUAACAGCCAGCAUUGUCAGCAGCAACAUCACUGACGAAGAGAAGAGCAAGUUCGAGGCUGAGCGCAGCAAGCUCUACAUGCAGCUAGAUGAGAAGGAUGAAGAGAUUAAUAACCAGUCACAGCUAAUCGAGCAACUGAGAGAGCAGAUGGUCGACCAGGAGGAACUAAUUGCUAACACACGGCGUGAGUUUGAGCUGCUGCAGUCGGAGUGCACGCGCAUUCAACAAGAGAACGACUCCGCCAAGGAAGAGGUGAAGGAGGUGCUGCAAGCGCUAGAGGAGCUAGCAAUGAAUUAUGACCAGAAGUCAGUUGAGGUUGAAGGAAAGAACAAGGAGAACGAAUCUUUGAUGGAGGAAAUCAACCAGAAGAUGGACACACUCAAUCACCUGCAAUCGGAGCUGCAGCAGAUACGUGACAGCACGAACGUGCAGCGGCGACGCAUUGGUGAGAUGCUCGCCUCUCUCCUCAAGGACCUCUCUGAUGUUGGAAGCUUGUUCGGCAAGGAGAAGGACGAGAUGAAGAUUCAGCUGGACCAGGAUUGUAAGAUAGACGAGGAAUUUACCGUCGCGCGACUCUACGUCAGCAAGAUGAAGUCGGAGGUGAAGACACUCGUGCAUCGCUGCCAGCAGCUCGAGAACUUUCAGCUUGACAGCAACAAGAAGAUCGACGACCGUGAGACUGAACUUGGUAACUGUCGUCUGCUCAUCCAGCAGCAUGAGUUGAAGACAAAGUCACUCUUGGAGACAAUGAAGGAUGUGGAGAACAAAAAGAGGCAACUGGAAGAGACUGUGGAUACCCUGAACGAAGAAACUGCCCAGCUUAAACUACAGGAGCGGCUGCACAUCCUCGCAAAGGAGGAGAAGGAGAAGGAGGACAAUAUGAAGGAGCAGAUGCAGCAGCAGCUGAGCGGUCAGCGCGAGAGCCACCACAAGCAGCUCGUUGCACUGCGCGAGGAGAUCCAGAGCAAGGAGGCGAUGAUCUCACAGCUGAAGGAUCAAGUACAAAAGAUGACUCUGGCCUAUGAGAAGCUGAUGGGAGAUUACAAGAAGUUGAAGAGUGAGGAGACUGAGCAGGCGGCCAAGCUGUCUGAGCUCAUGCUGCAGUCUGACAAGCGCGAGCAGGCCAGGCAGGACUUGAAGGGACUUGAAGAGACCGUUGCUAAGGAGCUGCAGACACUGCACAACCUGAGGAAGCUCUUCGUUGCCGACCUGCAGGCACGGGUCAAGAAGAUGCCACAAACUGAAGAGUUGGAAGAUGUUGGAGGCAGUUUGGCCCAGAGACAGAAGAUAGCCUUCCUAGAGAAUAAUCUUGACCAGUUGACUAAGGUCCACAAGCAGCUGGUGCGUGACAAUGCUGAUCUGCGAUGUGAGCUACCCAAGCUAGAAAAGAGACUCAGGGCAACGAUGGAACGAGUCAAAUCACUAGAGGGUGCUCUAAAGGAAGCUAAGGAGGGUGCGAUGAGGGACAGGAAGAGGUACCAGCAUGAGGUAGACAGGAUCAAGGAGGCUGUACGUCAGCGUAAUCUUGCACGUCGUGGUCACGGUGCGCAGGUCGCCAAGCCAAUCCGUGGCCACGGAGGUGUGCCGUGUGCCACGCCUGCCGCCAUCCGCGGUGGUGCCCCCAUGCCGCAACUGCAGAAAGCUAUAAUCUCAGCGAAUGCAGCUGGUGUUGCCAUCAUAUGCACGCCAACAAAUAACAGGAAUAGAUUCUCAGGUAAACUGACUCCCCUCAAGCAGGACGGCCGGCAAGCAAAGGUCAAGAAUACCGGUGUCAUACUCUCUGUCGCGAGUCUCAUGCAAGCAGCCAACCGCGACCUCGACGACUUCGGAGUCACAUGAUGACAGGCUGACGCGUCGCCGCGUUGACUGCAUCCUGCGUGAUCGUCGGCAGUCAUCAUGGCGACCGCAUCCCAACCCCAAAGCGUUAUUUAUCUUUUACACGCAUAACUUCCAUUGUCGUGGCUGUGAUGUACAUGUGCACACAUCAAUGUAGCUGCCUGCUUCGCUCCAUAGACAUUGCACAAUGUUGGACCGUCUUUGUCUGGUCGUACGUUCAACGACCACAGCAUAUAAAUACAUGCGCUGACAGGAAAUUAAAAAUCGAGUUCGUUCAUUCUGAGGCCCAUUACAGUGGUAUAUUUCAGUCGCUUCUGUGCUGGCUUGCAACUAUGGCUGGUAAAUGGCUCGGUGCUUCUGUGGGACGUUCACCUUCGCACUCUUCCACUCAUCCCGGUGGUCAUUUACCGGUGCUUGCUUACUGUAAAUCUGCUAUGGCUGGUGCAGUGCUCAACUCUCUCUGUGGGGUGAUGCUCCUGUAUGGCAACCCACUCCUUUCCUAUUUGUCAUCAGAAUUGGUUACAAAAUGUAAAGUACGUGUUUUGGACACACUUCUACACAUUCACUCAUAUAUAUAUAAAUCACUUCAGCAGCGUCGCCCGCGUAAUAGGAAAAGGCGGAGUUGGAAUGGAUUCUUUCUCUUCACUCUCUCCCGCAUUUGUCAUCACAGUGUUGUCUGAGAAUGGAGUGGAGUGAGGUAUCAGGAAUGGCAUAGGGUGGGGUAUUGCGAAGGGGUAUCGUUGGGAAAUAGCAUGUGGGUGGGGUUAUCAUCCUAAAGGUGGUGGGAUGGGUUGACAGCUGUUGGCAGAGGUGCAAGCAGCAUCCUCACCAACUGGUUUUCUAUUGCAGCGGAUGCAGUGCAGGCUUUUACAACACUGGUGGCGCCACCUUGUGGUUUUUUGCACGCGUGUAUUAUUGCACCAGUGUCGGCUUGUGUAACGUCGUGAAGGGGUGAGCAACGACGACACAUCUAUUAUCUCACAUUUCAUUUCUGCGCUACACUGACUCGAAAAUCGUCACGACUAUAGCAGCUAUAUAACUUAUUGUUACUAUAUUAUUCAUGCCUAUGUUACUCCCCCUAGUUUACUAUGAGUAUGUUAUUCACUAUUUAUUAACUGAUUGUGACAGCGGGCAAGGUAAGACCUGAGCACGCGGGCGGAGGACAUUAACAAACGUGAGAUGGGAUCGUGAGAUGGGAGUGUCGGUAACUCAGUAUUACUGCACGCAAUGGUGCAUGCUGUAAUUUAUUGCCAUUUGGCACCAAGCUUAGUGUUUAGGGAGCAUUAAAUUUCGAUGAGUGACUCGCGUUGGGAAUGAAGUCUGCCACCCAGAAACGGCAGCUAUCCGUGCACCGACGUUCACUUGUUUUGCUUCGAGUCGACGCUCCAACGUAUGCGUUGCUCGUGUUCGUCGAUCCUCAGCUUGUGUUGCUGGGCGGGUAAAAACUCCGAGGUUCCAUUUUAGUCCCCAAGAGUUUGUUACAAGGAUCUUCCCAGUUCGCAAUGUAUUCAUCUGAUUGCCCCACGCUCCCCAGGCAAACACGGCCCCAUUCCCAGCGCGAGUACACGUUGCACAGCUGGUAGGAAGGCAGAUGCCAAGAAAAAAGUAAAAUGAAAAAAAUCGUGUCAGUGUGUCUCGUUAGUAUUUAAGGUCCAUAUUAACCUAUACCGUAAUCAUAGGUGUAUUUAUCUAUAUUUAAGAGUCGAGACGGGGGUGGGGGCUCGGAUUGACGGCUCGUAUCGUAUCUAGAUGUAAAUUUAUGCAUCCUAUACGGUCGCCAUAUGCCUUUUUGUUGUCAGUUCGUUCAGUGAAUCGUGUCUCGUUGCUUAGUAACAGGGCUGGAUUCUUUCCGAGAUAUACAUAUAUUAUAGAGCGUGUGAAAGGAAGUUGCGUGGGAGACGGACGUUCAUCUCACGAAUUCGGAAUAUCAUGAAAAGGGAGACACUGUAUAUCGCCUAGUGCCCCCCUUUGAAGGUGCUUUUUUUAAUUUCAUGUGCCUAUAGGUAAAUCGGGCAUGACUGUUAUUUGUGGCCGUGAGCAGUGUGAGUUUGAGCAAGAAUUCGGGGUUCGUUACACGGCAAACGCUGUCGUAGACACUAAAAUUUCAUCAGGUGCUCUCCCGGCCCCCCGAUUGUCACAUUUAUGCAUGCCAGUAUUAUUGAGGGUACGUGUAGCUCUGCCGGUAUAGUACUGGUAGUGUUGCCUUAGGCCUGUACACUGUUCCUGGCAACAUUCCUGGGACAACACGCCGUGAUGGCGGAUGCUGCGGCAUCAGUUUCACCGCAUGGCGUAGUGUACACUCGCAGCGCCAGGUGUGCUGCAGUACAGCUAUGUGAACAAGUUCUCACCUUACAACGUUGUUUUCCUGAUCGCUCAUACGUGCACGGCUACUGCAUUACAAGUACACACAUACUUCCAGUAUACACGAAUCUCAGUUUUGUACACGUCCAUUCACAACCAACAGAUAUCCUUGAUCUGCAUUACGGUUUGCAACCUGGCUCGGUAAUACAAGCCCAAGUGCAGAGAGCCUCCUAUGAUUUGAGGUUGCACAUAGUGGGAGAGAGACAGAGGGUGAGAGGGGAAGGGAGAGAGGGAGAGAGAAAGUGUGCAUGUGCGUGGACGAGACGGUACAGUGUACUGUAAGACAGACACUAGGAAACCUCUCCCUAUGAACACGGUAACUGUCACUAUAAACGGAUAAAACACGGAUUAAUCUAACUAACACUACUACGACUGUACGACCUGUUCACAUUCGGCUGCUUCAAAAGCUCCUGCUGCAUGUAUGCAGGUGCCCAGCUCGCGGGAAAUUCACGUACUAUGAAUAUAAUAAUCACGGACUCUCGAGAUUAGGUGAUUGUUAACAGGUAGUCCUUAGCAGUCCGUGGCAGUCCAUGUAUUUUGCAACGGUCCGUAAUAGUCCGUGGCUCUUCGUGUUUUGCAUAAUUUGCAUGUUUAGUCUGUGUUUCAUCCGUUUAUUCCAGUUCGUAGUGUCUAUUAUAAUUAAUUGCAUUUGCAAAACGCGGUUCUCAUGUGGACACUGUGUCAGAGUGCAAUGCGUAUAUCGCGCUUGCCAUCCGGAUGUGGAAUGCAGUUUACAGGCUUGGCAGCGGCUUGUGAUGUUUUAUAUGUAGUUUAUAUUACCCCGAAGGUCAGGGACGAUGUAUGGAUUAUUACGAACCUGGUAGGAACAUCUGUGAUUUUUAGUUGCUUAUGAUGGGCGCUAAUAUAUAUUGUUGCUGGUACUUUACCAGAAUUGUGUACAGGAUGAAAUCUUUUAUGCUUGGCAUUUUAAGUUUUCUUAGGGUGCAAUAGCAGUUGAGUUUUAGAGUAAUAUUAUUAACUGCACUCUUGCUAUAUGUUAUCUUGUAUAGCAGCACGAAGUUAUUAGUGCUCAACCAAUGACUGUGCUAAAACUAUUGUUUUUGACACUAGAUGGUAGCACCGGAAAACUACUCGUAACUAAGAUGAGAUGUGUUCAACGUGUUAACGAUUGCGGGAAAGUGAUUCCAAAAUUAGGUAUAUAAUAUAAAAUGCGACUUAUUCUGGUGAAGCCAUCAGUGGAACAGGACACACGUUGAAGCCUGAUCAUUUUCUCCAUUAUGUCCCAGAUUUACAGACAAAAUAUCCCAGUUAACUGAUUAGUGCAUUUUUGGCAAAACUCAAAUCGUGACGGAAAUGUGUGAAAUGCGAUAUAGAUGCGCAAGAUAAAUUGGAGUGGUGUGAUUACGAAAGGGCCUGAUGUUCUAGUCCACAUCGCUAUCGAGUCUUCUGUAAUUGCACGGUACUUUGGCUUAAUAAUAAAUUGACUAUGAAGC